AAAAUCCAACGGCCAACCACCGAAACACUUCCCUUUCUUUCCGCUCUGCUGUCAGUUAUAUUCCCUCCUGAAUUAAAAAAUAAUAAUUGGUUAAUUCCUCCUAAAAUAAUUUGCGAGUGAAAAUGGGUAAAACUAAGGACCCUGACGCACCAAAGCGCCCCCUCAGCGCUUUUUUUCUAUUUUCUGGUGAAAUGAGGCCUAAGAUUCGCCAAGAAAAUCCCGGCCUUAGUUUGGGCGAAAUGGGGAAGGAGUUGGGGAAACGUUGGGCCUCAAUUGACGCCACCUCCAAGAAAAAGUACGAAAAGGCUGCCGCUGCUGCGAAGGAGGAGUACCAGAAGAAAAUGGCCAAGUACAAGGGAGAGUCGCCUGCGAAGGGGAAAAGGAAGAAUUGAAGAACUGACGACAGCAUAAUUGAUGGGCAAAUUGUUGUCUACCUCAUUUAAUUCCAUUUUCUCAUCUGUAGAACUAAAUAUCAAGAUAAUGUUUGUUGUGUUUGUUUGUUGUGGUUUCCUAAUUUUUUGUGUCUAAUUUUUUUAUAUGCAAUUUUAAAUUGGUAUGGAUUAAAUGAGUUUUAAUUUUGCAGUCCGCUCUUGUUAAUUCUUAUUGGGCCAUCCAUUCCCGAACUAUAGUCACGAGCGAAUACAUAUACUGCAAUAUUUUUUAUCUGAUUUUAAAUUUUGUUCAAUAUUUAAGUUUUUUGUAGUAAUAAUAAUUUAUUACAAUGA